AAUUGUUACCACACUGCGACAUACGAGUGAUUAUCAUACUAUAAAUUCUCGGUAUUAUAUUAUUUUACGCGGGAGUGUGCGAGGCUUUUUUUUGUUUUGUUUUUUUUCCUGUUUAUUAUUAGUUUGUAACUUGUGUUUGUUUUCGACGAACCUGCAAUGCCGGGCGUACGACCGUCCUGCGCGAUAUUACUUUACGGCCUUUUGACCGUUUUAGGCGUGACGCAAGCGUUCAGAACCGUUUGCUAUUACGACGGAAAAGCCCUCUGGAGGAAAGGUAAUCGAUUAUGUUUACGAUAUUAUUAAUAAAACCUAUUAUAUGCCUGCGAUUCCGUCCGUUUUAUACUGUACUUGUGGGUAAUGUUGAAUCCGGACAAUUUUUCUGGGGGGGAAGGGCAUUACUAAAAUUACAGUAAUGACCCUUUUUUUUCUUAUCUAUCCUCUUACCAUGACAGGUCAAAUUUGUUAAAAUAUCAAUUUACCCAUAUUUAACAGAGGGCCAACCUCUCCCAUCACAUAUACCUAGAUUCAACAUUGCUUGUGGAAAUUCAAAAUAUUGUAUCAAUCAUUUUUGUUAACAUAAAUCAUAACAUACCUAAUAUCGGAUUUACGAAAUUCGUUUAUAUUAUACAGCAUAUUAUUUUCUAUCGUUUAUAUAGAUAUUUGAAUUUUUGUUAUUUUAGUAGGCAUUAUUAGUAUUAUAUUAGCUCAUUUACAACAUUAAUUUCAAAACUUUUAGCGAAAAUUAAGGGACUUGGUCCUGGUUUUCCGAAUUAGUAAAAUAUGAAAACUAUGUUUAACUCCUAAACCGAUACACCUACUUUAAUGAUAAGACGUGUUCACUAAUACACUCACUGUAACUACCGUCUGUCCAAUACCCGAUUUUCCCUCAGGGAAAACCGGUACGACGGAAGACUGCUGUUUUUACGGACGGAUAUUAUGAUUUCACGGUUAUAUAUAAGGAUACCCAGAUUGAUAACCAUCACUUUGACAUUUAUAUAGGUAAUAUUUCUUUUCACACGUCAUUCUACAGCUCGCAUUAAAUUGGGAUUUUCUAUUUGGCAAAAAAUAGCAUAUAAAAAAAAAAAACUAGUGUUCUUUCCAACAAAAAAUAAUCGUCAAAAUCGGUAUAUUUUACAAUAGGAAUGGGAGUUUUUGUCAUAUGGGCGAGUUUCUGAGCAAAAAAACGCGCCGGUGCUGGGGCACGUCUGUAUUUGGCAACAUCAGUAAUACAUUAUAUACCUAUACUGGUUACUUUAUAAUAUUAUUUUCUGUACAGUAAACUAUUUUUAUUUGCCAUUUUUAUCUUAUUAACCUUUGUACCUACCUAUAUUAAUAUUAAUUGUAGUUAUGUUAUAUAGGUAUAGGUGUAGGUACUGCAUAUUGUCUGCACAAUAAACAGUGAAGUAAAUUAAAUUCUAAAAUAUAUUAUUAUAUAUUUUUAUCUUAUUGUAUGAUAUAGACAGUAGGUACAUAACUGAUUAGUGAUUAUCAACAGAAUGAUUUGGUAAUUAUUAACGUGAAGAAAUUAUUUUCCAAUGAUUAAAUUGUAUAUUAUUAAUUAAACUAUUUGUUGCAAAAUGUAUUUUGUAAAAACUAAUCUAUAAAUCGUGGCCAUAAAUUGUUGGUCUUAUCAUUUUUAAUCAUAGGCUAUCUAUUGUUAUAAUUUUAAAUGUUUUUUCCGACAGAUAAUAAAGAAUCUAAAUUAUUUAUAUGGUUUUUCCUAUGCAAUAAUGAAACCACUAAUAAAACAACUGACCCGGGGGAGUGCUGCUUAGUACUUGGCCAUGGAAAUAUUAACAGAAAAUAAAUAUACAGAAAGUUGUUUUCCAGAAAAUAAAUACCUAACCAGCACGCAGUUUUCCAGAAAUUAACUCAAUAUUGACAGAAAGUAGAAAUCCAGAAAGUAUUUUUCCAGAGUGUAAGACCUAUAACAUAUUUAUCGUAAAGGGAUAUUUUUAAUUAAUUUAACGUCGCCUAAGAACCGUCAUGACCAAUCUCAACAAAUUCGAAUUUGCGUUUUAUAUAUUUUCAAUUGAUUCGUAUUUUCGAGACGCGUGAGACCAUGUGAUUAAUUAUGAGGUUUGAUCGAUAGGUUCGCUGUCAAAAAUUCCAAAUUUUAUCAUGGCCUAUCCAAAAUCGUUUGUUAUCAGUGGUAUCAUGACCAAUUUUUGUUCAUCCUGAAAAGUUGAGAAAACUGAGGUUGGCCAUGGUAGUUCUUAGGUGACUUCUUAAUAUCUAUUUUAUAUAUACACUGCUACUAUUUGAUAUUAAUUUCUGGAAAACUACUUUCUUUGCUUACAAUAUCUUUUCAAUUUACUCUCUGUUAAAAUAUUUUAUGGAAUUUUUAUAUUCCAAACAUUUUAUUUUCUCCAUUCUUAAUUACUGGCCGUUAAAGUUAAAAAUAAGUUAAAAUUUUCACGAAAAUUGUAAAAAUUACAAUUCAAAACUAGUUUUACUGAACUGAAUCGUUAGUCGUAAAUCGUGAUUUUUGGUUGUGUACAGUUAUAAUUUAAACUAGGUACUCUAUAUAUCCUAAGGACAGAGGUUUCAAAUUUAAACACACAUUAAGUACUAUUUGUACGUUCAAAAUUCACAAUUUUUUUGGAAGUAUACUCUGUUUCAAAAAAGAACAUACUGCUUUCACAACCAGUUUUCGUUCAGCGGCGUGCCUUCCUACCUAGGUAACACCGGUCACGACCAGCGGCAUGUUAAGAAAUUAUGUUUCUAUGAUGUCUAUGGUCGUGACCACGGUGCUCCCUGGUGAGGAUACGUGCCGCCAAACGAAAACUGGUCAGGAAAGCGGAAAGUUUUAUUUUGAAAUUGGGUAUAGUAUAUUAUAUUAUAUAUAUUACCUAUAUAUGUAUUAUUAUAGCAUUCGGUUAUUUACUGUUUUACAAAGUAUGUUUCUAGAAUUACUAAAUAGGUGGAGGAUAAUUCUACUUUAGUGAUGGAGCUCUGCUGCCCACGGGUGUUUUUAUAUUACAAUUUAUAAAUGUCUAUAUUAUUAAUAAAAUACACGAACAGUCUAUUAUAACUACAUAAGAAAAAAUUGAAAUCCAUAACAUCAAACAUCAGUCAGUUUUCAAUAAAUAAAAAGGUCGUGUGUGCAGUAGAAAAUUGCAUGGAUUUUAUGCACUGAAUUAUACAGCGUUGUUUUGUAUUUUCAGAUGUCGUUAAAGUUGGUGUCGAUGAAUUAAAACCUAUUCUAAACAACUGUACGCAUUUAGUGUACGGUUAUGCCGGUAUCGACCAUGAAAAGUUUACUGCGAAAUCGUUAAACCCCAAAUUGGAUUUGCCCGAGAGUAAAGAUGUUAAGGGAGGAAACUUCAAAUCCAUAACUUCCCUGAAGACAGAGUUCCCACACCUUACCAUUCUACUUUCGGUCGGUGGCGAUGCCGAUUACGAAAAACCCGAAAAAUAUCUAGAUACCGUGAGUACAAAUAAAAUUUACAAACAGGUUUUUCACUUAAAGCACUACAGCCAACAAAAACCGCUUAAAAAAAUUCACUAAAAGCCCUCCAAGUACUAAAAUAAGUACUUAUAAAAUAAUUGAAAUCUUGAAUCUUUUUACACUAAUUGAUUUUGAUUGCCUCUUGACUGACUUGAAAAGUAGACGUGUUGACGGAAACAAAUUAAAUAUCGCGUUAGAGAAAUGUGUACAAAAGUGAUAUCAUUUAAUAAUCAUAGGGGAAGGGGAAAUCUGGAAUUUUAUCGUUGGUUUACGUAUUAUCAAAGUAGAAAAUAUACAAAAAAAAAUCUAGUCAAAAUAAUUGGUUUUUUUUUUUUUUAAAUUAUCGAAAUAAUCAAAAAAAUAAAUUACUUUCAUAUUUGAAUUCGGUUUAAAAUGAUAUACUCGUUCAUUUCCAUACCAAUAUCUGUUAGAUUUAAUGUCAAGCUAAAAAAAUAAGCAAAUGCUAGAAGUUCCGAAUCCCACUUAUAAAGUAUAUUACAAAAUUAAUUUUAAAAACAAACAUUACAAAUUAAUUACUUUAAUCGAUAUAUUAUUUUACCUUGAUGUCUGUAAUAUGUAAACGAGCAGUUGAAUAAGCCGUAUUCGAGAACCGAGUUCGCGUCUACUGUUUCAGAAAUGGCGAAGGCCUACGGUUUUGACGGUAUAGAUUUAGCCUGGCAAUUUCCGGUGAUCACCGAAAAGAAGGAAAAAUACUCUUGGAGUGAGUAAUAAUGUUGUUGACCGUACCCAAGUUUAAUAGCGUCAAAACGUAAAAAUAUAUAAAAUUAUCGGUGUUGAUUGUUUCGAAUCGAUUUUUUUCUCGUUAGGUUCUAUUGUUCAUAAAAUUGCCAAAACCGUUGGCAUUUCUGGCAAUAUAGACACCAAGGAAGCCGAACACAAGGAACAGUUCACCGCGCUAGUGCGCGAAGUCAAAGGAGUGUUAAACGCCAACAAUUGUUCUUAUCUGUCAGUCAGCAUACUGCCACAUGUCAACAUUACAGGUAUUUAGAGUAAAUAUUAAAUUAAGAGUUUUGCUCGUGAAUUUUUACGAAGUUUUAACAAUAAAUUAAAAAAAUUUACUGCAAUCAUUAAGAAGUUCAAAUAGUUCAAUCUAAUUAAAUUUGUAUAUUAAACGAUCUACAUGCAACCGGUCUUAACUCUUAUUAAUACGUGCUUUACAGGAUGAACUCGUAGAAUGAUUCAAUUCCUUUUUUUUUGUCUAUUGAAAAAGGAUAACUUCCUAAAGGGCACAUUGACUUCGAUUUUAAUUGUAGAUCACGAGGCAUGUUUUAUCUGUUAAAUGUUUUUGAUAACAAAAACCAUGCAGAACGUAGUAGGACGUGGGGUAAGAAGGUACACUCUUACCCCCUCCCCCCUAUGACUUUUUUUUACCCAAUACUUCUGCGUUGCCUCAAAAUUACUGACAAAAACCCAGAUUUCGGUUUUUAUACAUGGAUGUAAAAUUCAAUGAAAGGUGAUUUUCUAUCACCAGAAAUAUCUGUUACUAUUUCAGAUUGUCGGGAGUACCUAUAUAUUCAUAUUUUAUCUACAUUUUACCUAGUUAUCUUUUUAAUUUUGUACACCCUACAGUAGAGAAAACAUUAUAAAAGUCUACGUGGACGAGUAAUAUGGAUAAAAUAUAAUCCAACUCGUCAACUCGUGUAUUUGUUCGUUAUUGUUAUCUUACCAACUUGUCACGUAAUAAUACGCACCAACACGGUAUAGAUACACACUACUUACAAACUAUGCGAUUAGGACGUUGUAAUACAGGGUGUCUUGCAAAUAUCUGAUAAAUAAAAUGAAAAUUAGCUUAGAUUUGUUAAAAAUCCUCGACGAUUCGUAAAAAAACGUAGUUAUAUACGAGUACAUACAAAUAAAAUAAUAUUGGUAUUUUACUUGAUUACCAGGUGAAUUUACAAAAAUAUUUUUCAGGAGAGGGGGUUUAAGGUUUUACACUUUCGUACUCUUAUAACAAACAUUUUUACAUACUUUCAAUCGUAUGAUUAUUUAUUUUUCAAUAAAAAUGUCAAUAUUUUAUAAAAUUCACUUUGGAUACCGAGUGGAGUGAGGAAUCUAUUGGUUUUACAAUGAUGUUUAUCGUUGAAAUAGGAUAAACCGAAAAAAAUUGAGGAAUAGCGGGAAAAUGUAAGAAAUAUAGGUAUUAGCUAAAAAUAUUGGCCCCAUUUUACCUGUGGACAACUUUUCUACCAGCAAUUUUGCUCCGAUUUACUAUAAUACCACUAUUUUUGAAAGGAAAUCUGACAGGUGUUGUACUUCAGGGUAGUAUCUUUUUGAUUUUCCCAAUGAAUAGGAAAACCCAGAAAAAACAUAGGAAAAACAAUAAAAUAGGUACAAUAUAUUAAACAAAUAUUGUAAAAGAAAAUAUACAAUGCUAAUGUACGCUAAUAUGACAUAUAUAUAUAUAUAUAUAUAUUGUUGACAAAGCAAUGCUGUCAACCAAACUCCUUUCAGAAUCGUUUUUUCGUUAGCAAUGGUUUAACGUUGCUUACAGAUAUACACUAAUAAUCACCUAUUACAGUGACUGCACUUAUCCCCAUUAUCCAAGGACAACUUUUUAGUCUUUUAGGUACCUAUUACAAAAUUUUACAUUUAAUAUUGUUUUAGUGAUUAGUGAAUACAGCCUAAAUGAUAAUGUAAUUUAUGCCAUUGAAUGACGAUAAUAAUAAUAUAUACCUACUAUCUAGUAAUAAAAUAAAAAUAAAACCAAAACCAAAAUUGUAUUAAUUUUCCUCAUUGACAGAAACAAAUUUUGAAACUAUUAAAAAUCUACUUUCAUCAUAAUUUUCAUUAAAUUUCUGGGGGGAGGGUUGAACCCCUAAAACCUCUCAUUGUACACUCGCCUGUUUAUUAUAUUUAAAUUAAAGCAUGAAACAGAAGAACAAUUAUUUUCUUCUAUGUACAUAAAAUAACAUAUCUUGACUGGCUAACUUAUUUAUCAUCGCCUAGCCCAAACCACUAGACGGAUCGGUCUGAAAUUUGGCACACAUAUAGCUAUUAUGACGUAGGCAUCCGCUAAGGAUUUUUAAAAAUUCAACUCCUAGGGGGUAAAAUAGGAGUUUUUAGGUAUAUUUGGUAUGAAUAACUAAUUGCUUAUUUAUUUAUUUUUGUUUAUUCAAGGUCAUCCUUGGUAUCACGGAAAAGAAAAAUAUUAAAAUUAUUAUUAUUACUAUUAUUUACACUGUUCAAUUUUACAAUAGAACACAUUUAGUCCGCCAAAGGUGUCAAGGUUAAGAUUAUAUUACAAAUAAUAAUAGUUAUAUUAUGUUAUUUCAGAAAAGGUUAGAUAAACAAAAGCAUUCAUCAUGCACCACGUAAAACCAACUUUUUUUCAAUUAAAUUUAGUCCCCUCUAUUGGUUGAUAUCCCAGCUACGCACAUGUACGCAGACCCCAUAAGGAUUUAAUUUAAACUAAAGCAGUAAAAUAACGUUAAAGUAUAAUAAAAAAAAAACCCCGGUUUUACAGCGUAUUUCGAUUUUCCGGGACUACAGAAGUAUGUGGACCAUUACACGUUGAUGGUGUAUGACUUCCGGAAUCCGUUCCGGGUGCCAAAUUUGGCCGACCACGCGUCGCCGUCCGUGUUCGUGUACGCUGACCGUGUGGUCGAACAGAACAUUGAGUGGCGGGUAAACAAGACUCUCGAACUGGGCAUCGAACGCAACAAAAUGGUGUUGGGCAUUGCUACGUUUGGACGGACGUGGAAAUUGGAUGCAAUCACCGACAAGACGGGUACGCCGCCGCUAAAAGCCGACGGACCUGCCGACGCGGGCACGUACACCAAAACCGAAGGGCUGCUGGCCUACUAUGAGAUCUGUCCACAUUUGGUCGAGAGCACCCAGGCCGUCACUUCGCUGACCAUGUUUAGGUAUGUGCCGCUGUUAGUUUUGAGUUCGGCUGAAAUAUUGUACCCGAACGAAAACUGUAAUUUUGUGAAAAUCAAUAUAUUAUACAGAGUGUCCCAUGAAGAUGUACCCAUUUUACGGAGAUAAACAAAUUCUGUUUUUUUUUUUCAUUAUUCACAGGGAUAUAAAGACUAUGAAUAUUUAUAUUUCACUUGAUUUUUUAUGAUUUAGUAAAAAAUUUGAAAAAAAAAACUUUAUUUUAUUGUUUUUGAAAAAUUUGAAGAAAGCCGCUUUAUAGAGUUCAUUAUUCUGAAAAUGUUGACGUAUCAACUUUUUAUUUUCAUUAAAUUCGUGAUUUUUAAUCAUUUUUUUUAAAAUUCCUAAACAGUUUUUGUUAUUUUUUGUUUUUCUAUAGCCGCAAUCCAGACUCGAAAAAAAUUCUCGGCACUUACGCCUUCCGUUUACCAAAUCAUAACGAUAAAGGCAUUUGGAUCAGCUUUGAGGAACCAGAAACGGCAAAACAAAAAGCCACGUACGUGAAAUCGAACAAUUUCGGAGGUUUGGCAUUGUUGGAUCUGUCCAUGGACGACGCCAGAGGACUUUGUAACGGGAAUAAAUACCCUAUUUUAAAAGCAGUAAAAACAGUGUUCUAAUAUGAAUUAUAUUCAUAAAGUCCACUCUGCGAGCCUAGUAAGAUCCGGUCUCUAAGCGUGUUUUAAAUAACUCAAUUGAAUUUCAUAAACAAUUUCGAAAGCGUUUUGUAAGCUAGUAAAAUAUUAUGCUUAUGUGUACUACAAACCUAAACAAAUCAAAUAUAUUAUUUUUUAAAUAGUUGUCAGGACGUUUUUUAAAAUUAUUAAAGUACCUAUUUAAAUUUUAGUAUCUAUUUUUCUUGAUAUUGGCUAUAGUAGGAAUUUAUAUUUAAAUUAAAAAGUACCCGACAAAUUACAGAAUACAAGUUGUUAGUCACUCAUCUCGAUACGCUUAAAAGAGUACCAUUGUAAACAGAUUAUAUAUUUAUAUGCCUGUGAACGUACAGUAAAACAGUUAUAUUCGAGUUCCUAAUGAAAAUACCUCCAGAAUAUUUUUUGUAUAUAUUGACUGUAUAUUUAAUCAGAUAUGAUUUAUCUUUAUUGCAAAAAAAAGUUGCAAUAUCAAUUAAAUCCGGUCUUAAGUCAUAACAAUAAGAUGAGCAACAAUAAAGUUAAAUUUCACAGGUCACACGAAUCUAAAAUAUAACUUAUUUUUUUUUUUUCGAAUUAACCGACAGCAGUGCGAGAUCAGUUUUUCACAUUGCCACCCCACUACUGCCAAAAUGUAACUUACUUGUUAAGUAGUAUUUAGUCACUUAAACUAUGGCGGGUCAAACGAACGAAGCCCGGAGAGAGGAGCCCUCCGUGAAGGCCAAUAUUAGGACCUUGGAAAGACUUUUCAAUGACAAUAAUUAUUUACAUACAUUUGUAAUUGUCAAAAUGUAUUGUUUUAAAUACAUAGGUAUAUUUGUGAUUUUAUAUAAAAACAGAAAUAAAAAUCAGUAUGUAAAAACGAUAGGUAAUCCGUAGGUAUUAGUUAUUAUAUUAUAACGUCAUAAUGAAAUAAGAAAAUAAUCAUAACCUCGUAAAAUUGCAAUCAUUAACUUAUUUAUAUGCCGGUUGCAUACCUUUAAGGGGCAAUGACCAAAUAGAAAUAAAAUAUUUUAAAAAAAUUUUUGUUAUGCAUG